GUGCCCCAGGUGCCGAGGUUCAGUAUGGUUCUAGCCUUUGCCCGUGCCAGUAGCCGAACUAUUCUGUGGAAGCCAAUACAGUGUGCCGCGUCGUGUACAAGUGUUCCACAGCGACUUUGAGUGUGUUUGAGUGAGAGUGCGUUUGGGUUGGAAAAACGAACAACCGGGAUUGCGUUUGCUCACUCUUGCGAAGGUGUGGAAGCGUUACAGUUGGAUUGUUUCAUUCACCCCUAUCGUGCGCCCGUUGUGCAGUUUGUGCUUGCAAUCUCUGUCGCUGUGUGUUUUUAGUUUUUUGUUUUGUUUUCGUGCUUUGCAAACAAGUGUUAGCCCGACCAACAUCAUGCCAUUUUAUGCGCUUGUGCAUGCUGAAGGAGAGCCAAGCUCGUUCGACCAGAAGGAGGAAGCGCUGGCCGCCCUGCACGAAUCCCAGGAGGGGCAGCUCGUACCGUUCCAGGACAAACCAUCGCUGGACAAGUUUCUGGCCAAUCCGACGGACGGGUACGAGGCGCGCCGCGGGCCGCCGGGCAACGCGACCCAGCCGGUCAUCACGCACGAUACGCCGUCGCCGGCGCUGCAGCAACGGUUCAUCAAGGCGGUUGGGAUGGGCGACUUGGGACAGGUGAGCAGCCUGGUCCGCCAGGUGCCCGGACUGCUGAUCGACAGCACGGCCCAUCCGCGCCGGUUCGCUGCCGAGCGGCUGACCGCGCUGCACAUUGCCGCCCGGUUCGGUGCGAGCCAGGUCGGCGAGUUCAUCCUCGCGAUGAUCGCGUCCGGCGCCGUCGCCAAGGUGUACGCGGGCAGACGGGGCACCGUCGCGGACGCGGCCGUGCUCACCGUCCAGCUGCUCGACGACUAUCUGAACGGGGUGGAGAUGGACGCGGCCGAGACGCCGCUCCACCUCGCGGCCAAGUACGGCUGGAAGCCGAUGGUGCGCAUCCUGGUGGCGUACCCGCAGUGCGAGAUGAAGCGCAACAGCGGCGGGCAGUUCCCGCAGGACCUGGUGUGCGAGAGUGCCGCCCCGGAGCGCGGCACGCACGAGUGCCGGCGGGCCAUCGACAAGCUGCUGCGCGACUCGUACUUCGUGCCGCUGAUACGCACCGAGUCCAACGUCGAGCUGCCGUACAUUGGCGAGCCGUUCGCGCGCCGCCACCUGCCCGACCUGGGCAACGUGGGCACGAUCCGGAAGCUGCGGUUUCUGCGCAUCAUCACCGCGUUCGCCGGGCCGAUGACGCUGAGCGAGGCGCAAGCCUUCCGGCGGGAGUGGAAGACGCCGCCCCGCGUGGUCGUGCAUGCGGACGCGGGGCCCGGCGCACCGACCAGCAGCUACCAGUACCGGUGCGAGCUGACCGGCCGGCUGUACGAUCGGGCGCACCGGCACCAGGCGGCCGGGGUCGGCGAGCGGGCAUUUCGCCGGGCGCACGUCGACUGCGCGCUGGAGCGCAUCGGCCGCUCGCUCGCCCGUACCAAGGGCGUCCAGUGGAAGGAGUACUGGGCGUUCCUGGGCAGCUACCAAAACCUGAGCGACACGCAGGCACUGGCGAUCUUCGAGCGAUAUCUCGAACGGCAGGCGGCGGUGACGCGCGCCCGCCCGGACCACGAUCCGGACGCGAUCGGCGGCAAGCAGACGGAUCCGCAGAACCUGUGGGCGCUCUGCGCACUGCGCAACGUGUCGUACGACGAGAGCAUCUACCCGCUGGUGAGCCGCUGGCAGCGCAAGAUGCACACCCUCUACGCGGCGCUGCUGGGCAAGGACGGGGCCGAUGCGCAAUCGCCCAACGCGAUCGCGAACGUGGGCCGCAUCUCGUCCUAGGCGGUUGCGCUUGUUUGAUUCCCAUGUUGACAUUCCGAACUAUCAUCGAGCUUGCUGCAGCUGUGCAGCGCUUUUGGAAGAUUUAUUUGUUCUUUUUAUCACGUUUUGCAUUACUUGCUUCAUUCAUAUCGAUACAUUAAGCGUUAUAUUAUAUAAAGCCAAGGGAAAGAUUGAAAUGCAAUCAAAGCACAGGGAAUGAAGGCAGAAGAGCACAGUGGCUUACCUUUAUACGCACGACAUACUUACACAACAACCUGAAAACAGGAGUAGAUUUAAAAAACUUACGCGCGUUUAUGAAACUUUUGAAAACUCUUAAAUCGUUUAUUUCUUUAACAUAUAAAUUAUUUUCU